UAAAUAUAGGCAACCAAAACUACAGCAAUUCAACUUUAACCUCCGAUUAUUCCAACAACCAACUCACCAUAUGAAAUUGAAAUAAACAUUUCAUCACAUUUCAAAAUUAUCUCCAAAAACACUUCCACACAAUGCAGGAAGAAAUCGAAUCAACUGCCCUACGCAAUACUGCACUAGAAAAAAUCACCUACGGUGAAGAUCUACUGCAAUCACUCGUGAAAUAUCAAAAACUAGAUGGUAUACAAAAACUGGAGCGAAAGAUUAGACAAGAAAUCAAUUUUCUAAAAAAGAUAUGUAAAAGUAAUACCAUCAAAAAAGAGCAUCUACAAUGCUCAAAUCUAACACAUUUCAGUGCUUUAGUCGAAGUAUUAAGCCAAGUUGAAAAUUGCACACAUGUUAACAAACCAUUCAUGCUAGACGACCGGAAAAUAAUCAUAGAUAUAAUUAGCGAUGGUGGGUUGACAUGGACAAAAGUAAUCGCGAGAAAUCCGAAAUCCCUGAGUCAAAUCUGCCUGGGAAAUACAAAUUAUGGAGUGAGGAGUAUUUUUGAUCAAGCCGAGGAGUACAUUGAAUGUGCCCAACAAUAUCCAUGCAUGUUUCAAACACCUAAGUUGAUUUUUGUCUUUGCGAAUGGCAUCGGCACAAAUCUAGCUCUCAAAUUGGAAUCGCUCAACAUCAAAGUCGAAGGCGAACGUUUAAACAUCGACAAUACUCUGGAAUUUGAAUUCGAGUUACCGGAAUUAACAAAAGAGUUAUCUACAGAGAAUACAGCGCAUAUUCCACGGGUGAAUGUGGAUGUUUCGACGAUGUUGGCGUAUGUGAGUUCGGUAACAAAUGGAAGUUGUUUAAAGUAUAAAUUCGACGUGCCUGUGUUGGCUCAGCAGGCUGAAUGGGAAGUAACGCGUCCUGUUAAACCUCUUUUGGAUAAUUUCUUCAAGGAUAAAACUUUGUAUUGUUGUGAAACAGCAAAGGAAAGUUUUUUAAGUAUUUUGUAUAUUGUUGGAGGUGAAAAAGAGAGGCUGCGAGGUGAAGAAUUACUUAAAAGGAUUAUAGUGCUUAAAGAUGAUGCUAGUUAUGAAGAUAUUGUGACGAAUAAUGUUGAUUAUGCUUUCAAUAGUGUGCAAUAUUCUGGUGAGAAGAUUUUACCGAUUGGUGGUAAGAUUAAAGAAAGAUCUUUGACGAUUUUCACGUUUGGAGAUCGUAUUCAUGCGGUUACUGUUAGUAGCAAUGAUGGGUUUGUAAGAGCUGCUAAACAACAGGGGAUUAAUUUUGUUGUUUUUGUGCAUGAAUCAAGAGCAUUAACUGAACAAAAGGAGAGCAAAGCUAAAUUACUUGAUAAUCAUAAUGAUACGACUAUUUAACAACGAUAUUGUUAUAAAAAUGUUGAUAAUAAACUUAUAUUGAAGUUAA